UUCCACACUCCACUGAGGUGUGAAGGACAACAAAACAAUAAAGACAAAAGGGACCCUUCACGCAUUGUCGACAACGUAGUCAUGAACAAGUCGCUGAAACCAGAAGAACAAGGGUCCAAACAUUGAAACUCACUCCCAUUUAAGCUGAACAAACAAACCCAUUAUGGUUCUGGUUUUUUCAGUGUUCCAAGAGGCAAGUUUUGGAAUUUUCUGGGGGCUUCGUCUGGAUUAUUCUUCAAUUUGAAAACCCACCAAGGGAUAAGCAAGCGUUUCCUCGUUGCAACUUGCAACUUGCAAUGCCUACUUCUGUUGCUGACCUGGUUUUGGUACGUUUCCCUCUUCUUCUUCUAAAGUUGUAACUGUUUUCAUGUUUUUCUGCCUACUUUUUGCUGAAUUGGCGGAAAAAUCUUGAACCGUUUGGUUUCUGAGAUUAUAAAGAAAGAGGUUGAGGGUUGAGAGCUUCUUAUCAGAGUUCUUAUGUUCAAAUCCUUUUCUUCUUUGCUUUGAAUCCUCAUUCUGUCUUCAUUCAAUGGCUUCUUCAAACUUGUCCCAUGUGUUGUAAAAUCUGAGGUUUGAUAUCUGAAUGAGUCUAAAUUUUUAAGAUUUAUUAUUAUUAUUAUUUAAUCUAGCAAUUUGUCUGUGACUACAACAUUCUGCCUCUGUAAUCAUCAUCAUCAUCACCUUUCAUUGUUUCCAAAUUCCUGAGAUUGUUGUCAUUAUUGUUACAUGGGAUUUAUGUUGCAAGAAGGAUCGUCUUCUGUAAAUUCUUCACCCCUGCAGUUCUUCUCCAUGAUGUCACUUUCACCUAGCUUAGGUUCUCCCAACAAUCUCUUGUUUAGGGAAAUGAAAUCCGAGGAAAGGGGUUUAUACUUGAUCCAUUUGUUGCUCACUUGUGCAAACCAUGUAGCUGCUGGUAACCUUGAAAAUGCAAACACCACACUUGAGCAAAUUUCCCUGCUUGCUUCCCCUGAUGGGGACACUAUGCAGCGAAUCGCGACAUAUUUUAUGGAAUCGCUUGCUGAUCGGAUUCUUAAAACAUGGCCUGGGAUCCACAGAGCCCUCAACUCGACCAGAAUUACUUUGCUAUCCGACGAAAUUCUGGUUCAGAAGCUUUUCUUUGAGCUUUUCCCUUUCUUGAAGGUAGCAUUUGUUCUCACAAAUCAGGCCAUCAUUGAAGCAAUGGAAGGGGAGAAAGUGAUUCACAUAAUUGAUCUCAAUGCUGCUGAAGCUGCUCAGUGGAUUGCUCUCCUUCAAGUAUUGAGUGGGCGUCCCGAAGGCCCUCCUCAUUUGAGAAUCACCGGGGUUCAUCAGAAAAAGGAGAUUCUGGAUCAGGUGGCUCAUAGACUAACUGAAGAAGCAGAAAAGUUGGAUAUACCGUUCCAAUUCAACCCUGUGGUGAGCAAAUUAGAAAAUCUUGAUUUCGACAAACUUCGCGUGAAGACUGGCGAGGCACUAGCAAUAAGUUCCAUUCUCCAAUUGCAUACCCUUUUGGCCUGGGAUGAUGAAACCAUGCAGAGAAAGUCUCCUCUUCUGUUGAAAACCUCAAAUGGAAUUCACUUGCAAAGAGUCCUGCCAAUGGGCCAAAGCACAUUGGGUGAUUUGGUUGAGAAAGAUAUGGUUAAUGGGUACACUCUAAGUCCUGACUCAACCUCAUCUUCACCGGCAUCUUUAACUACUUCCAAUUCAAUGAAUAUGGAGAGCUUUCUUAAUGCCUUGUGGGGAUUAUCACCAAAGGUCAUGGUUGUGACAGAACAAGACUGUAAUCACAAUGGUCCAACUCUGAUGGAUAGGCUACUUGAAGCUCUAUAUUCUUUUGCAGCAUUGUUUGAUUGUUUGGAAUCCACUGUCUCAAGAACAUCAUUGGAGAGAUUAAGGGUGGAGAAGAUGCUUUUUGGGGAGGAAAUCAAGAACAUCAUUGCAUGUGAGGGAUCUGAACGAAAGGAGAGACAUGAAAAGCUGGAAAAGUGGUUCCAGAGAUUUGAUCUAGCUGGGUUUGGUAACGUGCCUUUGAGCUACUUUGGUAUGUUGCAAGCAAGGAGGUUCCUGCAAAGCUAUGGUUGUGAAGGAUACAGAAUGAGGGAUGAAAAUGGUUGUGUCUUAAUUUGCUGGGAGGAUCGGCCAAUGUAUUCAAUAUCAGCUUGGAGAUCUAGGAAGUAAGAGAAUUAAAGGGAUAUAUUGAUGUUUUUUUUUCUUUCUUUCUUUUUAUUUGUAUGAGAGUGUUUUAUCCUUAUGGUAAUGACUAUUCUUCAAGAUCGUUUUUUUAGAGAUACUCUAUUCAUUGCCUGGUAAAAUCCCCACCAAGUAAGGAAAUUGAGAAGACAAAAAAAGGGUAGAAGGACAGAAGAAGUAGAAGUUUCAAUCGGGGUUCUGUUUAUGGUUUCAUUUUUUACAGCUAAUCAUUUUAUUUUUUAUGAAUUAUGAACUCCUGUACCCUAACUUGUACCUAGUAUAUUACAUAAUAUAAUGUGUUUUUGUUUAUUUA